AUGACUGUAAUGAUCAAGCAGGUUCAAAAAGGAUUAGGUGCUCCUUCAGCUGCAUGCCGAUGCCAUCUGGAUCCUAAAACAAGAGUCAACUGUGGAUUCCCUGGAAUCACUGCUCAGCAAUGCAGGAGUGCAGGGUGCUGCUUCAGUUCAAAAGUCCCUGGAGUCCCCUGGUGCUUUUCUCCAGCUCCCCCCACAUAUAAAAAGGUGUGUCCUGCUAAUGUGAAAGUCAGAAAGAACUGUGGGUACCCAGGAAUCUCUGCUGAAGACUGUGAGGCCAGAGGAUGCUGUUUUGAGUCUCAUCCCCCAGCCGUUCCUUGGUGUUUCUUUCAUGUUCUGGAAGUGCAAG